UCAUGAUCCCACAGGGUACGUUGCGACGGGGGUCACGAUGUUCCACCAGCAAGGCUUUCAUCCGUCCCGUCAGGCUGAGACCUAACCUACACGUCGCUAUGCACUCCUUCGUCACUAAGAUUCUUAUAGACCCGCAUACCAAGCGAGCCUACGGUGUGGAGUUCCUUCGCCAUGGGCACACGCAGGUGGUACUGGCGAAGAAGGAGAUCAUCUUGUCAGCUGGCUCCAUCAACUCGCCCCAGCUGCUCAUGUUGUCUGGGAUAGGUCCAGCCAAGCAACUCCAGUCACACGGGAUCCCUGUGCUGGAGGACCUGCCUGUGGGGCACAACCUUCAGGAUCACAUCGGCGUAGGCGGAUUGGUCUUCCUCAUAGACAAGAAGGUGUCACUGGUUCAGACCCGUUACGAGAACCUACCCAGUGUCCUCAAGUAUGCUAUGUUUGGCUCUGGUCCGCUGACGGUGCUGGGAGGCGUGGAAGGUCUCGGCUUUGUUAAGACCAAGUAUGCUAAUCACUCUGACGACUGGCCAGACAUCGAGUUCCACUUCAUCUCAGGUUCCCCGGCCUCUGACGGAGGCAGACAGAUCCGUAAAGUUCACGGCCUCUCCGAACGUACGUGGCAGCAAAUGUUUAAGCCCAUAUCGUUCCGGGACAGCUGGUCCAUAUACCCCAUGUUGCUACGGCCCAACUCCCGCGGGUACAUAACCCUUCGUUCAGCCAGUCCCUUCGACAAACCCUACAUCAUCCACAACUACCUAACCGACCCAAGAGAUAUCAAGAUUAUAGUUGAAGGCAUCAAGAUCGCCCUGGCGCUGACGGAGACGCGAGCGUUCAAGAAGUUUGGUUCCAGGUUCUACACGCGUCCCAUGCCAGGCUGUGAGUACGCUCCUCUCUGGACCGACACUUACUGGGAGUGCCUGGCACGGCACUACACCUCUACCAUCUACCACCCCGUGGGCACCUGCAAGAUGGGACCCUACUGGGACCCAGGAGCUGUAGUCGACCCAGAACUCAAAGUGUACGGCAUCUCUGGUCUCCGUGUGGUCGACGCCUCCAUCAUGCCCACUCUGGUCUCCGGUAACACUAACGCUCCUGUCAUCAUGAUCGGCGAGCGAGGAUCAGACAUCAUCAAGCAGUACUGGUACACCAAAAGAUGAUGACGGCCGCCAUAGCUCCCGCUCUCCUGGCGGCCAUAUUUGAAAGGCAUUACCGGAAGAGGAGAUCCAAUAUUAUGUCCCUUCCCCGGAAGCUUUAAUUUUGGGAUUCAACUCUUCUAAAACUAAAAAAAAAAAGAGCAUCUCAGCCGUCAUUGAUGGAAAAAAAUUUAGAUUACUUUUUCUUCAUACGGUCAGUUGUAUGACGUAUGACUGUCGCUGUAUGAGAGUUGUAUGAGUGUUAAUUUAUAAUCUCUUUUCCUUCCUCAGUACUGGAAAAUGUACUAUGUAUGAAUGAUUUUUUUUUUUGUAAAAACCAAGUG